AUGCCAAUUCGGAGGAGGGUCAGAGUCUUUAAAUACAGGAUGCCCAACGUCCUCUUGCCUCACCCUCGAGACUCUGCAACUGACUUUCUCUUCUCCUCUGACUUUGCUGUUUUCUGCCCUCUUGCUAACAUGGAAGCAACAUGCCUAGUUGUCCUGCUCAGGUUCUGCGUCCAGAUAUUAGCCUUCCCUGUUUACUUGCUGUGGUAUCUGGGUAUCUGGGAACCACUUUGCAAGAAGUUAUUCCCCUGCUUCAUGUCUGUGGCGUCCCUCUAUUAUAACAAGCACAUGUCUGACAAGAAAAAGGAACUGUUCAGCAACCUGAAGGACUUUGCCAGUCCUACGGGGGCCCUCACACUGUUGGAGAUUGGUGCAGGAACUGGCACCAACUUUCAGUUCUACCCCACGGGAUGCAAAAUCAUAUGCACUGAUCCGAACCCCAACUUCCAGAAGUUUUACAACAAGAGCCUGGCUAAAAAUCCACAUGUGCAGGUGGAACGCUGUUUGGUGGCUCCGGCUGAGGACCUGCACCAGGUACCAGCUGCAUCGGUGGAUGUGGUGGUUUCAACGACGGUGCUAUGCUCUGUGAAGAGCCCCGAGCAAGUUAUGAAAGAAAUCCUACGGGUGCUGAGACCGGUAAGUAGCUCACGCCGUGGGAAGAACAAGGACAAUUCAGUAACUGCAGGGGCAUGUGUAUUCUCGGGUGUUAAGUCAAUUCUAUAUCCGUUGGGGAAUCACAAAUGCAGGUAGAUGGAUUCAGAUCCCUUGUUGUUCCUGCGUAAACCAAUUUGCUUCUGAGCUAUUUACAUUCUCAUAAGUUGCAAAUGUUGGGAUCACUCCCUUGCUUUUCUCCCUAACUAAAGUUAGGAAGAAACAAUCCCACACUCUGUGUUAUUGAGGGCACCUUAGACAGAUCCUAGACAUGCCUCUUAUUAUAUUGUCCGUUGUUGUUGCGCGCUUGUGAAAGACCAAAGCAAAUUUUUAAACAUGCUUGUCUCUGAUGUUGAAACUGAUAAGAGGGUUGGGCAGGAAGGCCCAGUAUACCUGAAGCAGCCUCUCCACUCCCGUCGUUCAGCCCGGACACUGUGAUCCAGCUCCGAGAGCAGUGAAGGGAACCACACAGAGGGCCUUCUCGGUAGUGGCACCCACCCUGUGGAACGCCCUGCCAUCAGAUGUCAAGGAAAUAAACUUUUAGAAGACAUCUCAAGGCAGCCCUGUUUAGGGACGUUUUUAAUGUUUGAUCUUUUAUCGUGUUUUUAAUAUUCUGUUGGGAGCUAUCCAGAGUGGCUGGGGAAACCUGUAUGUAUGUAUGAAUAAAUAAAUAAAUAAAUUAUUAUUAUUAUUAUUUCUCCUCCUCACAUUUCAGCCUCUCUGCAUUUGUUUUGUGUCUAUCCCCACCUGCCUUUAAAAAAAAAAAAAAUAGAAUGAUUCAUGUCUGGGAAUGGCUUUUUAAACACAUUAUAGCCUCUCUUUCCUUUCGAAGUAUAGUGAGUAAAAUGUAUCUGUUUCACCCACUGAGAUUUCCUUGACAUCUUCCAUCUCUGCUUACCAAUGAAACUGGCAAAGUCGGGGGCAAACUCAAAAUCACCAUUGGCUAAGCUGUUAACUGACUCUAGUGACAGAUCCCAUACCCUCCAACAUUUAUUUGAUGAAAAUAGGGACAUCCUAUUAAACAACAACAGCAGCAAUUGUAUUAUUGGUUGCCCCAACCACUCUGGGUUGCUUUCAACAUACAUAAAAACAUAAUAAAACAUAAAACAUUUUUUUAAAAAUCCCUAUACAGGGCUGCCUUCAGAUGUCUUCUAAAGGUUGUAUAGUUACUUAUCUCCUUGGCUUGGGGGUCACAUAACUACAUAUCCUCCAACUUUUCUCUGAUGAAAAUAGGGACUGAGGAAAAGCAGGACAUUCCAGGAUCAAAUCAGAAACCGGGACGUAAUUUCUAGGGCUCUUAGCAUAGGGACAUGAUCCAGACCAAACAGUUAUUAUCUUUCUCCCUGCAACACGACCAAUUUGGACAGCUGCCACAAAAAAUAAAAUAAGGUAGCAUUAAGUGCAGAGUAGACCUAUUAAAAUGAAUGAACCUCUCUUAGUCACCGUGAUUACCGUAAUUUCAAUAGGUCUACUUAGUUAAAUACCUGCCAGGGUACUAGGGUGGAUGAAGUUAUAUAAACCUCUCCUUCAAGCCCAGUGGCCUGAUGAGGAUGUAAAUUGCCCUCACCAGAAAAAGGGAUAGCUCCCCUUUUCAACUCUUACAUCUGUAUGGAUCCAUACUGACUUUUGGUCUUUCUCAGCAUUGGCAUGCAGCUCUCAAAGGGUUUGCUAAGCAUGACUGCAACCUUGGGCCGAAAAGGUUAGUUAGUUACCCCAGUUCACAAUCCUAAAAGCACCCAACAUAAAUAAACUUCGGAAUUUUGAACAGUUUACAUACCAGUUCACAGUGUACCGGUACUUGAAUUUACAGUUUUCACAAUCAGUUAUUUGAGAAACGAGCCCUUAAACUCAACCUGUUAAUCAUUAACAUGUCCAAGGACUGAACUGGGGUCAGGUUUGACAAUUUUUCACGUUGGCAAAAAGCGGUUGUGAAAAGCUCCAAAAGGAUUUCUCCAAACCAUAGAACCAACUCCUAGGGGCCGAGGUCCCAUUGACCCCACGAAUAAAAUAUUUGAGGGGGCCGGGAACCCCCAUAGGUGGUGGGCAAUACGAUUAAAAUGGAGUGUGUCUGUGUACUACUUCUUGUGGUUGAUUAUAUGGGGAGGGGCAUACCUGGCCUUCCCCAAUAUUUUAUUCAAGUUGGCACUCCUGCUCCAAACUGAGCGAAUGGGCAUUAAAAUGGCCAAUGAAGUUCAAAGUAAUCAAGUGUAGAGUGAUUUGGGGGUGAUAAAUAAAUAUAAAAUCACGUAUAACCUCAGGAAUCCUAAAUUGGUGGUAAGUGACCAGGGAUGAGACUUUGCAGCCAUAGCAGAUAGUUUGGUGAAGAGGUUGACCCAGCUUGUAGCAGCUGUGAGAAAAGGCAGAUAUGGAGAUGUGUAAUGUUAUGCUCGGAAUGGAGAAAGCAGACAGAGAAAUCAUAGAAUUGUAGAAUUAGAAGGGAGCCUGAGGAUCAUCUAGUCCAACCCCCUACAAGGAAGGAAUAUGCAACUGUCCCGUACAGGGAUCGAACCUGCAACCUUGGCAUUCUCAGCACCAUGCUCUAACCCACUGAGCAGUCUGUGUUCCUCUCAUAAGACUAGAACCCCAAAGCCAUCCAAUGCAGCUGAAUGUGGGAAGAUUCAGGACAGAAUUCAGGGAGGCAGUGGCUGUUGCCAUGAAAAGUUAACAGCACUCUGAUACCAUUAGCGCUGAUUAUGCAAAGGAAUAUCUGAGGAAAUCCAAAGGAGAAUAGAAAGUAACUUAUAUGCAUUCAUUUCUUUUUCUCCAGGGUGGCGCUUACUUCUUCCUAGAACACGUUGCAGGUGCUCCUUCCAGUUGGACUCUCUUCUGGCAGCAGAUCUCUGAUCCAACUUGGAUAUGUCUGUUUGACGGGUGCCACAUGACCAGAGAAACCUGGAACGUCCUGGAAAAAGCUGGCUUCUCAGAGCUGAAGCUACGGCACAUAGAUGCCCCUUUAAAAUGGCCCCCUAUUAGGCCGCAUAUCAUAGGUUAUGCUGUAAAGUAG